AAAAGUGACAUUAGUUUGCACAGUGGCAUUGUAAACAAGAGAGUUUGACAACACAAUCGGUAGCAGUAGUUAUUUGUGCCAAUAGAAAAGAAUUGGAACAAUGUGUCGAAAAAAGCCGCUCUCUCAUCACAAGAAUAUGUGAAUCCAACGGAAACAACGUUUUAAUCCGCAUAAAUACAAUAGAGUUUUAGAUAGAUCUAGAUAAAUUUUCGGCAAAAUCUUCAGAAUAGAUGACAAUUUUAAUGACUUAUCACCAAUUGGUGUAGAAAUUUUAUAUUAAUUUAUAUUGUGAGAAAGUGGUUAGCGAUGUCUGUUUCGACGGAAACUGUACAGUGGGUCAAAAUAAUCGCUGUGUGCGUUUUGAGCUUCGGCUCGAGUUUGUUGUUGUACCAUCAUGAUUUUGUGUACGAUGACGGUGUAGCGAUUGUGAAAAAUUCGGAUGUCACAAACACUAAUCAGUCGAUAUUGCACAAUGUCCAAGAGAUUCUAAUGCAUGAUUUCUGGGGUCAGAAUCUCACGAAUGAACGCAGCCACAAAUCAUUUCGGCCGAUGGUCACGUUGAUGUUUCACCUUGAAUUCCGGUAUUUCGACCAAACAUAUUUGCCGGCGCACAUGAAGCGAGUCAAUUUACUGCUUCACAUUGUCAUUUGUUCUGUGCUUUACGAUGUUUUGCGGCGCAUAUUCAAAGACAUUGACCAUUCAAUCAUAUCAAUUGCAACACUACUGUUUGCCGCUCAUCCCAUUCACACAGAGGUCAUUUGUUCAGUUGUGGGACGUGCCGAUCUCAUGUGCACCUUCUUCUUUUUAACUACGUUCAGCCAUUUUUUAGAUGUCGUCGAAGGCCACGAAAAGACGGGUAAAGUGAGCUGGAUAAGCCACAUCAUUCUGUUCGUAGUAGCGUUAAUGUGUUUACUUUGCAAAGAAGUUGGGAUCAUGGUCUUGCCAUUUUGCGCUGUGUAUGACCUUUUGGCGAAUAUGUCGCUACCAAAAGUUCGUCGUCGUGAUGUCAGCAGAAGAUUCGAAUUUCUUCGUAAGAGCUGCCAGACAGUCAUCGUGCGAAGCGUUUAUUUAACAUUGAUGACAAUAGGAUUGAUGCUGAUUCGUGUUUUUUCUACGGGAUAUAAACUACCCAAGUUUUCAGCUCAGGAAAAUCCUAUCGCUGCUCAUCCAAGUCUAUUCACACGACUCCUUACAUCAUGUUACAUUCAUGCCCUAAACAUGUGGUUACUAAUUUGUCCCGAUUGGUUGUGUUGCGAUUGGUCGUAUGGCUCAUUAAAACUCAUCGACGCAUGGACCGAUCACCGAAUAGCACUCACUUUACUAUUCUAUAUUCUCAUGAUUCGAGCGUUUAUCGUUGGGCCAAGACACGUUCGCAUUGCCAUGGCAUUUCUAAUAGUACCAUUCAUUCCAUCCUCUAACCUCGUUACCGUUGGCUUUGUAUUGGCUGACCGAGUUUUGUACAUUCCCUCAAUAGGCUAUUGCUUGCUUAUCGCAUUCGGCGCGCAAGCCAUUCUUCAAACGAGUCCGAAAUUGAUUCGAAUCAUAAGUUUGAUGGUGCUGCUGCUAUUCAUGAUGCGCUCCAAUGAGAGAUCAAUCGACUGGCAAAAUAAUUUACAGUUAUUCAAAUCGGCAGUUCGUGUUUGCCCGAAUAAUGCGAAGAUUUACUAUAAUCUUGGCCAAAUAAGCGCGGCAAAGGGAAAUCAAAGCAAGUCACUCGAAUACAAUUUGAUAGCAAAUGAGCUGCAACCAAACACUACUAGCACGCUCAUUAAUCUCGGAAACGCAUAUCGACAUCUUGGCCAUACACAAAAUGCUAUCGAUUUCCAUAGAAGAGUCACGAAUUUGGAGCCGGAGCAUCCAUUGGGCUGGAUGAAUUUAGGAAUAUCAUACGUUGAACAUGGAUCAUUUAAUGAAGCAUUGGUUGCCUAUCUCAAAGCCGACAAACUAAAACCCAACAACGAGAAAAUUACAUUCAACUUGGGCAAUUUGUACUUACGCAUGGGCAAUCGAAAGAUGGCCGAGAAAAUGUACCGCAAGAGCGUACAAAUUGAACCCCGGUCACAACGUGCUCACAUCAAUUUGAUUGUAUACUUGAGUGAACACGGUACACAAGACGAGUUGAUGGCUGCCAUUGACAGAGCCAAUCUAACCAUGUCAAACAAUGUUCCAGUGUUGUCAGCCAUCGCAAGUGCACUUACCCGAAUCAAUUUUGACUUUGAGCGAGUGGAGCGAUUGUACCAUCAUAUCCUCAAGCUAGAUCCACGUAACUUUGUCGCCCAUGUUCAAUUGUCCAUUCAGUAUCAGAAACGAAAUCAGCCGCAGAAGGCAAUAAAGCAUUACAAGCGGGCGCGUAACCUUAACCCAACAUUUCAAAUCAAAGACGAGAAAUUCAUCAAGUUCAUGCAAAAAUGGGAAGCAACAUUUGCACAAUCAGCCGACAAAUCACAGAAGAAAAUCACAUAAUUUGUUAUAUGCUGUGGCCAACCACAUAAAUAGGUAGAAAUAAAAUUGAAACAUUUCGGUGAUUUUUGAAUGUGAGAUUAUGAUCUUUA